UGACCACAUCCCCAGGGCCAUCAAAGGGAGCGCAACUGUUUCAGAGAUGUUAGACGGAAAGGUAGAGAUGAACAACAAGGAUGAUAUUGUUCGCUUGCUGGAUUUGCAAGAGGUUCUUGACAGAGACGUGAAAAACUUGAGUGGUGGGGAGCUUCAGCGGUUCGCCAUUGGCAUGUCAUGCGUGCAGAAGGCCAACAUGUAAGUUUCACCUGUUGAUGUGCGUGUGCUGUUAUGCUGACGAUCAUUCUUGGUGUCCAGGUACAUGUUUGACGAGCCGUCGUCAUACCUCGAUGUUAAGCAACGUCUGAAUGCCGCGCGUAUGAUCCGAACACUCUUAGACUCGAACACCUACGUCAUCGCUGUUGAGCAUGAUUUGUCAGUUCUCGACUACCUUUCCGACUUCAUCUGCUGCCUGUACGGUGUUCCCAGCGUCUAUGGUGUGGUGACUGUGCCGUCACCUGUGCGUGACGGCAUCAACAUCUUCCUGGACGGCUUUAUUCCCGCCGAGAACAUGCGUUUCCGAGACGAGAGCUUGACUUUCAAGAUCGCCGAGACUGCAGACGCAGAUGUUAUCGAGAGGUCCAAGACCUUUAGCUACCCCGCCAUGUCGAAGAAACUGGGCAGCUUCGAACUCGACAUUGAACCUGGCGAGUUCUCUGAUUCUGAAAUAAUCGUUUUCUUGGGCGAGAAUGGAACUGGGAAAACGACUUUUGUCAAGAUGCUCGCAGGCAAGCUCGAGCCGGACGUUGGCAAGGACAAGAUCCCGCAACUCAAUGUCUCGCUCAAGCCGCAGACCAUCGCGCCCAAAUUCCAAGGAACAGUGCGCAUGCUUCUGCUUAAGCAAAUCAAAGCUGCUUUCAUGCACCCGCAAUUCCAGACCGACGUUGUUAAGCCGAUGAGCUUGGACAACAUUAUCGACCAGGACGUUCAAACGUUGUCGGGAGGAGAGCUGCAGAGAGUUGCGCUUGUGCUCGCGCUGGGCAAGCCCGCGGAUGUCUAUCUUAUCGAUGAGCCCUCGGCGUACCUUGACUCCGAGCAACGUAUCAUCGCCUCCAAAGUCAUCAAGAGAUUCAUCCUUCAUUCCAAGAAGUCGGCAUUCAUCAUCGAGCACGACAUCAUCAUGGCGACUUACCUGGCCGAUCGCGUUAUCGUCUACGAAGGUCAACCAUCAGUCAAGGCGACAGCCAAGCGGCCUCAGAGUCUGCUGACUGGCAUGAACGCCUUCUUGGCGACGCUGGAAGUCACGAUGCGACGCGACCCGACCAACUUUCGUCCUCGCGUCAACAAGCUCAACUCAAUCAAGGACAAAGAGCAGAAGGGGUCCGGCGACUACUUCUUCUUGGGCGACUGAUCACAGGGGUGAUCUGAGCUCCGUAAUCAAUGCAUUUACACCAACGCCCAUCUGUCCUUUCAUUCGCCUGCCGCAUUGCAGCAAUUGGCUCAUGCGCUCAAGUUUUGCCUUCUCAGUCGAUCAUUCGGUUCUGGCUUGGCUGCGGAAUCAAAUUGUGC